AGGUGGAGGAAGUGAGCAGCGCCACUAACACUUUGCCAGCGUUUGAGCUGAGUUUUGUUUGGACGACGCGCGCAGUUAGAGUUUGGUACGUUGCGCGUGCAACACGCGUUCGUCGUUCGCUUACAAUUCGUAUAAACAUACAUAUGUACAUAUAGGCAAAUCGUUUAAAUAAAACAUUUCUUUGUUUUUGAAAACAAAAAAAACAAAGUCGAGCUGUAAGUUUGAAUUUUAAAAUCAAAAUAAGAAGUGCAGAAAAGUUAAGAAAUCAAGAAGAAUUAAAGGAAUUAAAGUAAAGAAAAUAAAAGUGUUAAUUGAAAAAAGUGAAAUUACAGCAAAUUGCCAACAGAGUUGAAUCUAACUUUUGCGGUGUAUUUACAAGCCGAACGAACGCUUGACGAGUGCAGUAACAAAUCGUUAAGAUCGGAGAACAGAUACCUUCAAAAGGAAGUGUGCCACCACGGGUUUAACUAAAAUUCAACUACACCAAGAAAAAGUUCAACACACACCCUUGACGUCCAGUGAGUGCCAAGCUUAGCUUAGCCAAUGCACAAACCCGUGCAGAAAGCCAAACAAUUCAACAAUUUAAUGCACCAAAUUCACCACGACGGCUUCCAAACGCACAACGACUCAGCACACAUUCAGCAAUAGCAAACACGCCGUCAGCUUAUAAUCAGCAAGCGUUCAGCUACAACACAACUGCAAUAUGGCGACGACUAACACUGGCGCAACGAUAAUGAGCACAACGACAACAACAACCAUAACAACACCGGGUAUUGAUGACGACUAUGUGACCGUUGUUGAAGUGGACGAUCCCGCAUCCAAAGACACAAACCCCAGGCAGCUAGUCAAGCAAAGACAGAGCUCAGUUGAAGAAGACUCUUCGUAUAUAACUGUGCUAACGAUCAACAAUCAAACUCAAGUUCAUAGAAACAGUAGCGGCUAUAAUAAAAGUGAAGGAAAUGACAGUGUUGUUGCUGAAGAAAAUAUGAACAGUAGCGACACAAACGGUUUGGUGAUCGCCACAGAGGCGGAAGUGGAAUCAGAAACUGAACUGUUGGUGGUGCACCGCCAGCCAGGUGAACGUUUAGGCUUCGGUUUGAAGUUCCAAGGCGGCACACGCAGCGCCGAAAAGGUGCACAAACUUUACAUACAAUCCUGCGCCGCCGAUAGUCCAGCCUCCAAAGUGCGCGCCAGUUGGGGUGCGCUGCGCGAGGGCGAUGAAAUUGUCAGCAUUGAUGGGCAACGCGUCUGUGAAUUGACGCGCAUCGAAUGCGUGCGCUGUUUGAAAGACAAUGUGGCUAUACGGCUGCAGGUGCGCAACGGCCAUGGUCGCAAGCCAGAGGCAGAGGAGGAAGUGCUACUGCUGGCAGGUAGCACCACUGUGGAUGUUGUCAAUGGUGGCGUGACGGGGAUGCGUGUAUUGAGCAAUGACGCAGGCGGUACAGCUGUGAUUAUGAGCAAUGGCCAAAUGAAGGGCAGUCCACCGCCACCACCGCCUGUGCCGCCGCGCAAGCUGGUGAAGCGGAAGUCUUUGAAUGGCGAAAGUAAAGUGGCGGUGCCUGCGGCGGCUGCCAACAGUGCUGCUGGUGCAACGCCAGGGAUUACAGUAACCGCAACCAGCGCACCGCAGAGCAGUGAGGUGGAUAAGCCUUUUACGCCGCCACCAGAUGCAGAGUAUUACAUAAAUCUCUUCGCCGAUGGUCAAUCGUUGAAGACAGAGUCCGAAUCGGAUGACACUGCAAGCACAAUUUCGACAGUGAUUGAUAAAUUCUCCAUGAGCUCUAACUAUUCGUCCGAAUCGGACUUGUCCAGCUACACGUCGCUGACAAAUGGGCAAAAUGUGAUUAAUAAAUCAGAGUUGGCGAAGGUACUCAAGCCGUUUACAAUGCUGGAGCAAGAGUUUAAUGUGAAUGUGAAUGGCAAUGCGGCAGUGCAGCUGGAAGAGUGUCUAAAAAAAGCUGUAGAGUCAACGGGGGAUGUGAUGCCAGAUUUGUUAGCGGGCACAAUGACAGCGACACAGGUGAAGAAACCCGCUACAUUUAUACCAGGUAACAAUUACGAGAAUGUCGAAUUCAAAACAGAAAAGGUGAACACCUACGAGAAUGUGGAACUGAAGCCACAAUCACAAGGUGCGCCGUUUGUAGUAUUGCCGACACCGAAACCACGACAAGUUGUUGGUGCCGCAAGUGGAUCGCCGUUAGUUGAGCCCAAGAAACGUUCAAUUAUACCAACGCCACGUAAGAUUGCCACGCCUACCAAGCUACCCAUACAGGUUGCACCGCCCACAGUGCCAAGCGAAGCAAUACACGCAAAGACUUUGACAAAAACACCAACCACACCUUCUGCGUCUUCUCCACCCACUGCGCCUUCUACACCCACCACAUCUAUUACUCCGACGAAUAACCCAGUAACGCCCGCGAAUACACCAACUACACCCUCACAUGAACCCACGCAAAGUGCUAAAGAAUUCAUCACGAAGAUACCAAAAGCCAUUGCGUCGGUGUUUGGUCCAAAUUCACAACGUUCAUUCGAGCGUGCCAGGACUGAGGGCGAGAUCAAGCUCAGCAAGCAAACCCCUGAGUUGUCGUCCUCCAUCAGACAACAGACCGCCAUGUUUCUGGAUAAGGAAUGCCACAGUUCUACGGAUAGUGUUGUAAGUGUGACACGUAAGCCCACUACAGAGAAAUCAAAACCCGCGGAAGCAAACAAGUUGUCGCCACCUAAAUCACGCAUUCCCGUUGUGCUCUCUCCAAAACGCUCAUUUGAAUUAGACGGCUCCAUGGAGCGCAAACUCACCGGUAAUUCUUCCAAUAUACCACGCUUUUUAACGCACAAACAAAAGUCCGAAACGGAUCUGAAGCUCGGAUUCUAUCGCAGCAAGUCGAAAGAGUCUAGCCCACCGAUGAGUCUUAAAAUGCCGCUGCAACGUACAAAUUCAGCCGAAUCGAAACUAAAGAGUCCCGAACGCACACUCAUACCCGUUUUUAGUGGUCAGUCUGUAUCCGCAGAAGCCAUACUGGCCUCAACCACGCCCACUAAAGUGAAAGGCCCCAAACCGAAACCACCAGAGCGUAUACAAUCGUUGGGCAAAUCACCUACGCAUAUUCCCAAAUUGCAAACAUCAACUGUAGGUGGCUCUGUUACGGUGGCAGUGACGGACCGCAACGCUACAACGCACACGACGCCACCAACAUCACGCAGUAAUACACCCACAAUGCAAACAUUCAAACAACAGUCGCCGACCGCAAGCGCCUCACCCAAUCGUGAAAUACGUUUUAAGAUACAAACUUAUGAGAGUAAGACACAAGAGCCACGUACACCCUUCACGGAUGUUAACGAUAAUGAAGAUGACAAAAUGCCCAGUCUCUUUGAUUUGGUACGCAAGCACAGUCCGAAUGCGGAACGCAAAGAAGAAACGCCAGCCGUGACAACAACAUUGUCCACAUUUAAGUCGCCCACCGGCCAGCAGCAAGCACAACAUUUGGAGAGUAAUGUUGAUGAAGAAGACACGCCACCAGCUGUGGUAGGUAAAUGCAUCAAAGUGAGUGAUUCACAACCUACUUACUACUCAAGCUCAAGUGAUGAUGAUGAAGACGAAAACAGUGCAUUGCGUAAUGAGACUGAACGCGAUUAUGAUUGUGAGGAUGGUGAGAAGUUGGGACCGCCAGAGCUGAUAAAUGGUCCAGGACCAUCGGAGGCAUACUUCAAUCUCUACUGGCAUUCGAAUAUGUUGCCAACCAUUGGCGAAGUGGAGGAAGAGUUAUCGUCACUGGAGCCACAAUCCUUGCCGAAUGGACCGAUCGUAAUUGUGGAUGAUUUGAGUCAACAACCACAGCCUAAACAGUGCACAAAGAACGCUGAAGCAGAGCAGAUCACUGAACACAACCGAGAAGCUGAAAGUGAAGGGAAAAUAGUUUUAAAUGCGUUGAACGAGACAAAGGAAGCGGUCGAUGUGAAAAUUGCGAAAGGUACAAAACCGGCAACAGAAGAAGUAAAGGAGUCACAAGGGACUGGUAAGUCAGUAGAGCAAAGUGAAGCCGAUGAUACAAAGUCAGAAACAGCCACAAAGAAAGUGAAAGGCACAAAGGCGGAACAGAUCGGCAUCACCGAGUCGACAAGUCCAAGCGCCCAAAUAGACAAGAAAACGUCUUUGAACUCUGCAAAUUUGAGCGCCACUACCACUCAUUCGCCAUCCACAACAAGCAAAGCGAGGAAAUCCCAAUUCAUUGGCGUGCCCGUAAUGCCGCCUACAGUGCCCACAAUGGAGGUUACCCAAGCUGCAAAUACUGCACAAGCAACGAGCGAUGAUAAGGUAGCCGUGGAGAGCACACCGAUUGCGGCAAAAGAAAUUGAUAAUGAAAAUAUGACAGUGAAAGAGAAUGCAAGUGAAAUGAAUAAAACGGCAGUAAGUCAGGUGAAAUCAAGUGAUAAGAUAACCAACACUGCGACCAAUGUAAUGUCAGAAGUUAAUUCCCAGCCAAGUGAUUGUAAAGCAGCAGAGGAAUUGGAGGGGACAGAGCGUGUUGAUAUGCCAAAUGCCAAGGCUAAUGGGGCACAUAAUGGUGACAAAAAUGAAAUGGCGAUAACGGCUAAUCAGGUGUCGAUCAAUACGGCGGCACCAUUUGAGCGGCAUCAAGUGGGUCAAGAGCCAAAUCCAGAGGAAUUAGUAGAGCCCACCACCAUCAACACAAAAGCGGAGGCAACAAAACUCGUUGAAGCGGCAACUAUAAAAACAAUGCAGCAAACAAGCAAAGUAGAGACUCAAGAUACACAUACCGUCAAUGAAUCAGAAAACGCAAACGCAGAGAUUACCACAACAAGCAACAGCAGCGCUAGCCAGCUUAGUGAUUCGCACACCGAACAAACGGUACAGGAAAAGGUGGAAGAGAAGGUGGAGCAAAAGUCGAGUGAAGAGACAACGCAGAAGCUGGCCCACACCAAGACCACAACUACCACCAAAAAGCAGGUAAUCAAGUCUAGCACAUCUUCUACGCAGCGUUUCGAGAAUACCACCUUUGAUACGCUGGACGGUUUGCCAGAAGAGUUGCGCAAAGCGCUUGAGAGUGGCGGUAAGAUCAACACAAUUACUACCACAAAAACCAACAACAACAACAGCAGCAGCAGCAGCACUACCACCACCACCCCCAAUCCAACUGCUCCAUUCAACACGAACUUGAUGGAUAAUUUCAGUAAGCCCGUCGCCUUUACGCUACAACCAUAUGCGGAACGUAUCAGCAGCGCCGGCUCACCACGCAUAACCGUCUUCGAGGAAAGGCAUUUCGAGAGCAACCAGAAUGCAUAUACCGAAAUACGUACACGUGACGCAACCGGCGAGGAGAAGGUGCAGACGAGCACUGAAUCGCAUAACGAACGCGCCAAAUUAAAGAAGGUACACAGCCAUGGUGACGAAUUGGAUCAGCUCGGUAUUCAAGUCGAUGCUGAAGGUGUUGCAGCCGACAACUUAGAACCGAUGACGGUCACCGCGACUGCGGAGACGCGUAUAUCGGAAUUAGCCGAGAAUCCACAAGAUAUGCAAAGUAUUGAAAGGGGUAUUUUGAAUUUAUCGGAGAGUGGUAAACAAUUGCAACGCAACGAGUCGGGCGGUGUGGAGUAUACGGAGUGUGAGCAUCAAGUGCAGGAUUCAUAUGAGGAUGUGGAACAGAUUUUGGGCGGUAAUGAUGCCGCUGCCACUGUGGAUAGUGACAAGAAGCCGACGUUGCUGCGUGAGCUGAGUGAAACGUUGACUUUGACUAAGGAUGGUGAGAAACAGGUGACGCGCCGCAGCGAAACUACGAUAGAGACGCCGAAGAAGGGCGCUAAAUUACUUAAGAAAUCUGAUGAGGAGCGGCGUUUGGAGUUGGAGGCACAAAAGUUGAUUGAAAGCUAUCAAAAGGUAAAGAAAGAAGCCGAAAAGUUGUUUCAAUACGAAUUGUCCGUAGAGGAGGGCUUUGAUUUUGGCGACGACAAGCAAAGGAAGUCUGAAGAUGACGUCACGCCUAUGGUAAUAGAAGUAAAAGAUCAAGCAGAGUGUGAAAAAAAGACCGAAGAAAAAAAUGUGAGCGUUGAGGAAAAUUCAGUGUUAGAGAACAAGGUCGAGCCGUCAACUAAACAAAAUAAAAACACACAGCUAACACCAAAAGAAACAGGUGAACUAGCACGUGAAAUGUUUUCCCUGACUGAGGAGAAAGAUGUCGUAGGCGUGACACAAAAUUUAGUUCCUGAAAAAGUAAUGCAGCCUAGCUCAAGUCUUAACAAAUUAGAUGCUACGAAGCUUACUAUGGGGUUCUUGGAGGCUGAACGUCGGUUUGUGCAGCCAGAAGGCAAGAAAUUGGUUAGUGGUGUGGAGAUAAAAGUCGUUGAGCCACCAAAACCAACCCUGCCCACAAGCAUAUCACCAGACUUGCUCGAUAACGAGCCAAUUUACGUGUUGCAUAAGAAUAUUAUUGAGCAACCCAAACCUGAUUUGGUAGACGCCGAACUCAAUGACACUUUGGUGCCGCCUGUAUUAAGUAAAGUUAUAGAAAUCGAAGAGAUUAGAAAACCGAUUGAGGCUGAAGUCGAAUUACCUCAGCGCAUACGUCAAUUCGAAACCGUUGAGAUCAAGAUUAAACAAAAGCUGCCAGCAUCAACUAAUGUCAACGAAGCUGAAGCGGCCGGGAAAAUCACAAUGCAGGCGUCAAAAUCAACGCCACCGCCCAUCCCACAGAAACGUGAGCACAUAGCAGCAGAGGGCACGGCCAAAAAGGAGCUCACGACUGCAUCACUGACAAGCGCACCCACACCCACACACACACCAACUGCUAAGAAACGUGGCUCCAUCGAACUGGCCACCGCCAGCGUUGGCGACCACACAACGAGUGCAAACAAGCUGCAAACGUCUAAAUUAGGUAUCCCAAUUAACACACCGAAAUUCCAACAAAACAACGCACAAAAUCAACAAACUACCAAAUCAGCACAACCACCGCCAGUAGUCGAUGCGCAACAACAACGACAACAACAAACAUUAGAGCGUAUUAUUGUCGGCGUAGAACAACAGCAAUUUGACGAUGCAAACAACAAGCAAACAGCAAUUAUUACCUUUGCCAGCGAAGAUUUGCCAACGGAAAUGGCGCCGGUCAGCUCACCGAAACAAGUUGUCGCGAAUGUGGUGAGCGGUGGCAAUAGCAGCGGUGCGAUUGCUGCUGAAUUGCAUUUGGAGACCAUUAACUUGCCAAAUGAGCCACAAAAUACGUUAACACCAACGGAGAAAUUGAGAAAAUCAGACCGCGUUGGCGAUGGCGAUGGCAUGCAAACGACAAAAACAACACCAACAACUGCGUCUACGACAUUUGUGUCAACAUCAUCUUCGGCCGAUUCGGUGCAAAGUGUCAUUGAAGUAGGUGGCAUUGUGGAAUCGCCAUCGGAGGAUGAAUUGGGCCGCGGCGUGUCGACGGAUGCAAGUGAAGAAGAUACAAGCACACAAACGCAUAGACAUGCAAACACACAUUCCAACACAUCUUCCCAGAAGUUGCUACAAUCGGUAGCCAACAGCCGAUCAGCCACCAGCAAGCGCCGACAACUGUUGCCGCCGCCACGAUUGCAAUGUCAACGCAGCGAUACCGGUAGCUGGCAGGCGAGCAGCGCACUGCAACAUUCGCUUUGA